UUUAGUCGCCUAACAAUUUCCGAGUCAUAUAACUAAAUAAUAACUAAGUGCAAAAGUGAAAAUGGAAUUAUGUAAAUUUUUCGCCCUCUCCGUUUGUAUGAUAACACUUGUUGUAAUCAAUUCCACGCAUCUUUCUGCGAAAUGGGUAGACAAUAUUUGUUUUUCACACGUUAAGCAAAAAUUAGAAUCUGCACAAAUUAGAAAUGAAAUUCAAAUAAGUAAAUGUGGUGGAAACGAUAGAGAUUGCCUAAAAAAUGCAGAAAACGAAUAUAUAUUAGCAAAGCUGGAAAUUAACAGAGAAUAUAAGUAUUGUAUAAUAGCGGAAUGUGACAAGGUUACAAGCACGUUCGAUAUGCAAACAGUGGAUACACGAUUAAAGCGAGAAUAUUGUAAGCAAUUCCUUACAACAGGAAAUCGUCGUAAACGAUGCUUUGGGAAUAUAAAUACCUUUUCGGAUACGUAUGAAGAAUUCUCCCAUGACUCAUCAAUUUCGGCAACUGAUGAAGAUGACUCUUCGGUUAUAGAAACCAGCAACUCUGAAUCUUCUGAUCAUGAUGAGGACUCGUCCUCGGGGGAAGAUGAAAGCAGCUCCUUAAGUAUUGAAGAAUCAUCUUUUGACUCUUCUGGAGCAGCGACAUAUUUAGAUAAGUCUUCGAGUAUGGAAAUCAGUGACUAUAAAUCUAUUGAUGAUGAUGAGGAUUCGUCCUCGGGGAAAGAUAAAAGCAGCUCCUUUAGUAAUGAAGAAUUAUCCCUUGAAUCCUCAGGUGCAGAAUCAGAUGACGAUAAGUCUUCGAGUAUGGAAAUCAGUGACUCUAAAUCUAUUGAUGAUGAUGAAGAUUCGUCCUCCCUGGGGGAAGAUAAAAGCAGCUCCUUUAGUAAUGAAGAAUUAUCCCUUGAAUCUUCAGGUGCUGAAUCAGAUGUCGAUAGGUCUUCGAGUAUGGAAAUCAGUGACUAUAAAUCCAUUGAUGAUGAUGAGGAUUCGUGCUCGGAAGAAUUAUCACUUAAAUCUUCAAGUGCAGACACAGAUGUCGAUAAGUCUUCGAGUAUGGAAACCGCAAAAUCAGGAUUUAUUGAUGAUGAUGAGCAUCCGUUUUCAAACGAGUCUGAGUCCUCUGAUAAUGGCGAAAUAGAAUACUACACCAAAGAAGAUUCAUCUAUGUUUUUGGCGGGCAAUAGCUCUGAAUUUUCUAACGAAACUAACGAACGGAGUUACGAGGAAAAAUACUUAGAAUCUUCGGCAGCACAAACGGUUGAAGAAAAUUCUGAGCCAAUCUCCACAAGCGAAUCAUCUGAACUGGAAAGCAAAGAAGACGAUUCCUUACAUCAAAAUGAAUAUUACGAAUCCCAAUCAUCUGGCACAAUACUAGGCUCAUCUUUCGAAACAACAAUUGCAUCAACCGUGGCUACAGAUUAUGAAUCUCCGUCGUCUUCAGUCGGAAAUGCAGAAACAACAAACACAUUAUCUACGAUCUCCGAAGCAACCACUUUAUCUGAAACCUCGAAAUCAUCUGAAACAAAAAUUGGAUCUUCUUCCGAAACAACAAUUCUGCCAACCACGGCUACAGCUACAGAUUCUGAAUCUCCGUCGUCUUCAAUCGCAAAUGCAGAAACAACAAACACAUUAUCUACGAUCUCCGAAGCAACCACUUUGUCUGAAACCUCGAAAUCUUCUGAAGCAACAACUGGCUCUUCUUCCGAAACAACAAUUCUGCCAACCACGGCUACAGCUACAGAUUCUGAAUCUCCGUCGUCUUCAAUCGCAAAUGCAGAAACAGCUUUAUCUGAAACCUCGAAAUCAUCUGAAGCAACAAUUGGCUCUUCUUCCGAAACAACAAUUCUAUCAACUGCAGCAACACCCACUUUAACUGAGACCUCCCAAUUAUCUGAAGCAGCAACUGGCUCUUCUUCCGCAACAACAAUUCUGCCAACCACGGCUACAGAAUCUCAGUCUCCGUCGUCUUCAAUCGCAAAUGCAGAAACAACUUUAUCUGAAACCUCGAAAUCAUCUGAAGCAACAAUUGGCUCUUCUUCCGAAACAACAAUUCUGCCAACCACGCCUACAGAUUCUGAAUCACCGUCGUCUUCAAUUGGAAAUGCAGAAACAACAAACUCAUUAUCUACGAUCUCCGAAGCAACCAGUUUAUCUGAAACCUCGAAGUCAUCUGAAGCAGCAACUGGCUCUUCUUCCGAAACAACAAUUCUGCCAACCACGGCUACAGAAUCUCAGUCUCCGUCGUCUUCAAUCGCAAAUGCAGAAACAACUUUAUCUGAAACCUCGAAGUCAUCUGAAGCAACAAUUGGCUCUACUUCCAAAACAACAAUCCUGCCAACCACGGCUACAGCUACAGAUUCUGAAUCUCCGUCGUCUUCAAUCGGAAAUGCAGAAACAACAAACACAUUAUCUACGAUCUCCGAAGCAACCACUUUGUCUGAAACCUCGAAAUCUUCUGAAGCAACAACUGGCUCUUCUUCCGAAACAACAAUUCUGCCAACCACGGCUACAGCUACAGAUUCUGAAUCUCCGUCGUCUUCAAUCGCAAAUGCAGAAACAGCUUUAUCUGAAACCUCGAAAUCAUCUGAAGCAACAAUUGGCUCUUCUUCCGAAACAACAAUUCUGCCAACCACGGCUACAGCUACAGAUUCUGAAUCACCGUCGUCUUCAAUUGGAAAUGCAGAAACAACAACCUCAUUAUCUACGAUCUCCGAAGCAACCACUUUAUCUGAAACCUCGAAAUCAUCUGAAGCAAAAAUUGGGUCUUCUUCCGAAACAACAAUUCUGCCAACCACGGCUACAGCUACAGAUUCUGAAUCACCGUCGUCUUCAAUUGGAAAUGCAGAAACAACAAACACAUUAUCUACGAUCUCCGAAGCAACCACUUUGUCUGAAACCUCGAAAUCAUCUGAAGCAACAAUUGGCUCUUCUUCCGAAACAACAAUCCUGCCAACCACGGCCACAGAGGCUGAGUCUCCGUCGUCUUCAAUUGGGCAUGCAGAAACCACUUUAUCUGAAACCUCGAAAUCGCCUGAAGCAACAAUUGGCUCUUCUUCCGAAACAACAAUCCUGCCAACCACGGCUACAGAUUCUGAAUCUUCGUCGUCUUCAAUCGAAAAUGCAGAAACAACAAACUUAUUAUCCACGAUCUCCGAAGCAACCAGUUUAUCUGAAACCUCGAAAUCAUCUGAAGCAACAAUUGGCUCUUCUUCCGAAACAACAAUCCUGCCAACGACGCCGACAGAUUCUGAAUCUUCGUCGUCUUCAAUCGAAAAUGAAGAAACAACAAACACAUUAUCUACGAUCUCCGAAGCAACCAGUUUAUCUGAAACCUCGAAAUCAUCUGAAGCAACAAUUGGCUCUUCUUCCGAAACAACAAUUCUAUCAACUGCAGCAACAUCCACUUCAACUGAGACCUCCCAUUUAUCUGAAGCAACAACUGGCUCUUCUUCCGAAACAACAAUUCUGCCAACCACGGCUACAGCUACAGAUUCUGAAUCUCCGUCGUCUUCAAUUGGAAAUACAGAAACAACAAACUCAUUAUCUACGAUCUCCGAAGCAACCAGUUUAUCUGAAACCUCGAAGUCAUCUGAAGCAACAAUUGGCACUUUUUCCGAAACAACAAUCCUGCCGACCACACCUACAGAUUCUGAAUCUCCGUCGUCUUCAAUCGAAAAUGAAGAAACAACAAACACAUUAUCUACGAUCUCCGAAGCAACCACUUUAUCUGAAACCUCGAAGUCUUCUGAAGCAACAAUUGGCUCUUCUUCCGAAACGACAAUUCUGCCAACCACGGCUACAGCUACAGAAUCUGAAUCUCCGAAGUCUUCAAUUGGAAAUACAGAAACAACAAACUCAUUAUCUACGAUCUCCGAAGCAACCACUUUAUCUGAAACCUCGAAAUCAUCUGAAGCAAAAAUUGGGUCUUCUUCCGAAACAACAAUUCUGCCAACCACGGCUACAGAUUCUGAAUCUCCGUCGUCUUCGAGCGCAAAUGCAGAAACAAUAACCUCAUCAUCUACGAUCUCCGAAGAAACCACUUUAUCUGAAACCUCGAAAUCAUCUGAAGCAACAAUUGGCACUUUUUCCGAAACAACAAUUCUGCCAACCACGCCUACAGCUACAGUUUCUGAAUCACCGUCGUCUUCAAUUGGAAAUGCAGAAACAACAAACUCAUUAUCUACGAUCUCCGAAGCAACCAGUUUAUCUGAAACCUCGAAGUCAUCUGAAGCAACAAUUGGCACUUUUUCCGAAACAACAAUCCUGCCAACCACGCCUACAGAUUCUGAAUCACCGUCGUCUUCAAUUGGAAAUGCAGAAACAACAAACACAUUAUCGACGAUCUCCGAAGCAACCACUUUGUCGGAAACCUCGAAAUCGUCUGGAGCAACAAUUGGGUCUUCUUCCGAAACAACAAUCCUGCCAACCACGCCUACAGAUUCUGAAUCUCCGUCGUCUUCGAUCGCAAAUGCAGAAACAAUAACCUCAUCAUCUACGAUCUCCGAAGCAACCACUUUGUCGGAAACCUCGAAAUCAUCUGAAGGAGCAACUGGCUCUUCUUCCGAAACAACAAUUCUGCCAACCACGGCUACAGAAUCUGAGUCUCCGUCGUCUUCAAUCGCAUAUGCAGAAACAACUUUAUCUGAAACCUCGAAAUCAUCUGAAGCAAAAAUUGGAUCUUCUUCCGAAACAACAAUUCUGCCAACCACGCCUACAGAUUCUGAAUCACCGUCGUCUUCAAUUGGAAAUGCAGAAACAACAAACAUAUUAUCUACGAUCUCCGAAGCAACCAGUUUAUCUGAAACCUCGAAGUCAUCUCAAGCAACAAUUGGCACUUUUUCCGAAACAACAAUCCUGCCAACCACGCCUACAGAUUCUGAAUCACCGUCGUCUUCAAUUGGAAAUGCAGCAACAACAAACACAUUAUCGACGAUCUCCGAAGCAACCACUUUGUCGGAAACCUCGAAAUCGUCUGAAGCAACAACUGGCUCUUCUUCCGAAACAACAAUUCUGCCAACCACGGCUACAGAAUCUCAGUCUCCGUCGUCUUCAAUCGCAAAUGCAGAAACAACUUUAUCUGAAACCUCGAAGUCAUCUGAAGCAACAAUUGGCUCUACUUCCAAAACAACAAUCCUGCCAACCACGGCUACAGCUACAGAUUCUGAAUCUCCGUCGUCUUCAAUCGGAAAUGCAGAAACAACAAACACAUUAUCUACGAUCUCCGAAGCAACCACUUUGUCUGAAACCUCGAAAUCUUCUGAAGCAACAACUGGCUCUUCUUCCGAAACAACAAUUCUGCCAACCACGGCUACAGCUACAGAUUCUGAAUCUCCGUCGUCUUCAAUCGCAAAUGCAGAAACAGCUUUAUCUGAAACCUCGAAAUCAUCUGAAGCAACAAUUGGCUCUUCUUCCGAAACAACAAUUCUGCCAACCACGGCUACAGCUACAGAUUCUGAAUCACCGUCGUCUUCAAUUGGAAAUGCAGAAACAACAACCUCAUUAUCUACGAUCUCCGAAGCAACCACUUUAUCUGAAACCUCGAAAUCAUCUGAAGCAAAAAUUGGGUCUUCUUCCGAAACAACAAUUCUGCCAACCACGGCUACAGCUACAGAUUCUGAAUCACCGUCGUCUUCAAUUGGAAAUGCAGAAACAACAAACACAUUAUCUACGAUCUCCGAAGCAACCACUUUGUCUGAAACCUCGAAAUCAUCUGAAGCAACAAUUGGCUCUUCUUCCGAAACAACAAUCCUGCCAACCACGGCCACAGAGGCUGAGUCUCCGUCGUCUUCAAUUGGGCAUGCAGAAACCACUUUAUCUGAAACCUCGAAAUCGCCUGAAGCAACAAUUGGCUCUUCUUCCGAAACAACAAUCCUGCCAACCACGGCUACAGAUUCUGAAUCUUCGUCGUCUUCAAUCGAAAAUGCAGAAACAACAAACUUAUUAUCCACGAUCUCCGAAGCAACCAGUUUAUCUGAAACCUCGAAAUCAUCGGAAGCAACAAUUGGCUCUUCUUCCGAAACAACAAUCCUGCCAACCACGCCUACAGAUUCUGAAUCUUCGUCGUCUUCAAUCGAAAAUGAAGAAACAACAAACACAUUAUCUACGAUCUCCGAAGCAACCAGUUUAUCUGAAACCUCGAAAUCAUCUGAAGCAACAAUUGGCUCUUCUUCCGAAACAACAAUUCUAUCAACUGCAGCAACAUCCACUUCAACUGAGACCUCCCAUUUAUCUGAAGCAACAACUGGCUCUUCUUCCGAAACAACAAUUCUGCCAACCACGGCUACAGCUACAGAUUCUGAAUCUCCGUCGUCUUCAAUUGGAAAUACAGAAACAACAAACUCAUUAUCUACGAUCUCCGAAGCAACCAGUUUAUCUGAAACCUCGAAGUCGUCUGAAGCAACAAUUGGCACUUUUUCCGAAACAACAAUCCUGCCAACCACGCCUACAGAUUCUGAAUCUCCGUCGUCUUCAAUCGAAAAUGAAGAAACAACAAACACAUUAUCUACGAUCUCCGAAGCAACCACUUUAUCUGAAACCUCGAAGUCUUCUGAAGCAACAAUUGGCUCUUCUUCCGAAACGACAAUUCUGCCAACCACGGCUACAGCUACAGAAUCUGAAUCUCCGAAGUCUUCAAUUGGAAAUACAGAAACAACAAACUCAUUAUCUACGAUCUCCGAAGCAACCACUUUAUCUGAAACCUCGAAAUCAUCUGAAGCAAAAAUUGGGUCUUCUUCCGAAACAACAAUUCUGCCAACCACGGCUACAGCUACAGAUGCUGAAUCUCCGUCGUCUUCAAUUGGAAAUGCAGAAACAACAACCUCAUCAUCUACGAUCUCCGAAGCAACCAGUUUAUCUGAAACCUCGAAGUCUUCUGAAGCAACAAUUGGCUCUUCUUCCGAAACGACAAUUCUGCCAAAAACGGCUACAGCUACAGAUUCUGAAUCUCCGUCGUCUUCAAUCGCAAAUACAGAAACCACAAACUCAUUAUCUACGAUCUCCGAAGCAACCACUUUAUCUGAAAUCUCGAAGUCAUCUGAGGCAACAAUUGGCUCUUCUUCCGAAACAACAAUUCCGCUAACCACGGCUACAGAUUAUGAAUCUCCGUCGUCUUCAAUCGAAAAUGCAGAAACAACAAACUCAUUAUCUACGAUCUCCGAGGCAAUCACUUUACCCGAAACCUCGAAAUCAUCUGAAGCAACAAUUGGCUCUUUUUUCGAAAUAACAAUCCUGCCAACCACGGAUACAGAUUUUGAAUCUCCGUCGUCUUCAAUCGCAAAUGCAGAAAUAAUAAUCUCAUCAUCUACGAUCUCCGAAGCAACCACUUUAUCUGAAACCUCGAAAUCAUCUGAAGCAACAAUUGGGUCUUCUUCCGAAACGACAAUUCUGCCAACCACGGCUACAGAUUCUGAAUCUCCGUCGUCUUCGAGCGCAAAUGCAGAAACAAUAACCUCAUCAUCUACGAUCUCCGAAGAAACCACUUUAUCUGAAACCUCGAAAUCAUCUGAAGCAACAAUUGGCACUUUUUCCGAAACAACAAUUCUGCCAACCACGCCUACAGCUGCAGUUUCUGAAUCACCGUCGUCUUCAAUUGGAAAUGCAGAAACAACAAACUCAUUAUCUACGAUCUCCGAAGCAACCAGUUUAUCUGAAACCUCGAAGUCAUCUGAAGCAACAAUUGGCACUUUUUCCGAAACAACAAUCCUGCCAACCACGCCUACAGAUUCUGAAUCACCGUCGUCUUCAAUUGGAAAUGCAGAAACAACAAACACAUUAUCGACGAUCUCCGAAGCAACCACUUUGUCGGAAACCUCGAAAUCGUCUGGAGCAACAAUUGGGUCUUCUUCCGAAACAACAAUCCUGCCAACCACGCCUACAGAUUCUGAAUCUCCGUCGUCUUCGAUCGCAAAUGCAGAAACAAUAACCUCAUCAUCUACGAUCUCCGAAGCAACCACUUUGUCGGAAACCUCGAAAUCAUCUGAAGGAGCAACUGGCUCUUCUUCCGAAACAACAAUUCUGCCAACCACGGCUACAGAAUCUGAGUCUCCGUCGUCUUCAAUCGCAUAUGCAGAAACAACUUUAUCUGAAACCUCGAAAUCAUCUGAAGCAAAAAUUGGAUCUUCUUCCGAAACAACAAUUCUGCCAACCACGCCUACAGAUUCUGAAUCACCGUCGUCUUCAAUUGGAAAUGCAGAAACAACAAACUCAUUAUCUACGAUCUCCGAAGCAACCAGUUUAUCUGAAACCUCGAAGUCAUCUGAAGCAACAUUUGGCACUUUUUCCGAAACAACAAUCCUGCCAACCACGCCUACAGAUUCUGAAUCUCCGUCGUCUUCAAUUGGAAAUACAGAAACAGCAAACACAUUAUCGACGAUCUCCGAAGAAACCACUUUGUCGGAAACCUCGAAAUCAUCUGAAGCAACAAUUGGCUCUUCUUCCGAAACAACAAUCCUGCCAACCACGCCUACAGAUUCUGAAUCUCCGUCGUCUUCAAUCGAAAAUGCAGAAACAGCAAACACAUUAUCGACGAUCUCCGAAGCAACCACUUUGUCGGAAACCUCGAAAUCGUCUGGAGCAACAAUUGGGUCUUCUUCCGAAACGACAAUUCUGCCAACCACGGCUACAGAUUCUGAAUCUCCGUCGUCUUCGAUCGCAAAUGCAGAAACAAUAACCUCAUCAUCUACGAUCUCCGAAGCAACCACUUUGUCGGAAACCUCGAAAUCAUCUGAAGCAGCAACUGGCUCUUCUUCCGAAACAACAAUUCUGCCAACCACGACUACAGAUUCUGAAUCAUCGUCGUCUUCAAUUGGAAAUGCAGAAACCACAAACUCAUUAUCUACGAUCUCCGAAGCAACCAGUUUAUCUAAAACCUCGAAAUCGUCUGGAGCAACAAUUGGGUCUUCUUCCGAAACAACAAUCCUGCCAACCACGCCUACAGAUUCUGAAUCUCCGUCGUCUUCGAUCGCAAAUGCAGAAACAAUAACCUCAUCAUCUACCAUCUCCGAAGCAACCACUUUGUCGGAAACCUCGAAAUCAUCUGAAGCAGCAACUGGCUCUUCUUCCGAAACAACAAUUCUGCCAACCACGCCUACAGAUUCUGAAUCACCGUCGUCUUCAAUUGGAAAUGCAGAAACAACAAACACAUUAUCGACGAUCUCCGAAGCAACCACUUUGCCGGAAACCUCGAAAUCGUCUGGAGCAACAAUUGGGUCUUCUUCCGAAACUACAAUUCUGCCAACCACGCCUACAGAUUCUGAAUCUCCGUCGUCUUCAAUCGAAAAUGCAGAAACAGCAAACACAUUAUCGAUGAUCUCCGAAGCAACCACUUUGUCGGAAACCUCGAAAUCGUCUGGAGCAACAAUUGGGUCUUCUUCCGAAACAACAAUCCUGCCAACCACGCCUACAGAUUCUGAAUCUCCGUCGUCUUAUAUCACAAAUGCAGAAACAAUAACCUCAUCAUCUACGAUCUCCGAAGAAACCACUUUACCUGAAACCUCGAAAUCAUCUGAAGCAGCAACUGGCUCUUCUUCCGAAACAACAAUUCUGCCAACCACGCCUACAGAUUCUGAAUCACCGUCGUCUUCAAUUGGAAAUGCAGAAACAACAAACACAUUAUCGACGAUCUCCGAAGCAACCACUUUGCCGGAAACCUCGAAAUCGUCUGGAGCAACAAUUGGGUCUUCUUCCGAAACUACAAUUCUGCCAACCACGCCUACAGAUUCUGAAUCUCCGUCGUCUUCAAUCGAAAAUGCAGAAACAGCAAACACAUUAUCGACGAUCUCCGAAGCAACCACUUUGUCGGAAACCUCGAAAUCGUCUGGAGCAACAAUUGGGUCUUCUUCCGAAACAACAAUCCUGCCAACCACGCCUACAGAUUCUGAAUCUCCGUCGUCUUCGAUCGCAAAUGCAGAAACAAUAACCUCAUCAUCUACGAUCUCCGAAGCAACCACUUUCUCUGAAACCUCGAAAUCUUCUGAAGCAACAACUGGCUCUUCUUCCGAAACAACAAUUCUGCCAACCACGGCUACAGCUACAGAUUCUGAAUCUCCGUCGUCUUCAAUCGCAAAUGCAGAAACAGCUUUAUCUGAAACCUCGAAAUCAUCUGAAGCAACAAUUGGCUCUUCUUCCGAAACAACAAUUCUGCCAACCACGGCUACAGCUACAGAUUCUGAAUCUCCGUCGUCUUCGAUCGCAAAUGCAGAAACAAUAACCUCAUCAUCUACGAUCUCCGAAGCAACCACUUUGUCGGAAACCUCGAAAUCAUCUGAAGGAGCAACUGGCUCUUCUUCCGAAACAACAAUUCUGCCAACCACGGCUACAGAAUCUGAGUCUCCGUCGUCUUCAAUCGCAUAUGCAGAAACAACUUUAUCUGAAACCUCGAAAUCAUCUGAAGCAACAAUUGGCACUUUUUCCGAAACAACAAUUCUGCCAACCACGCCUACAGAUUCUGAAUCACCGUCGUCUUCAAUUGGAAAUGCAGAAACAACAAACUCAUUAUCUACGAUCUCCGAAGCAACCAGUUUAUCUGAAACCUCGAAGUCAUCUGAAGCAACAUUUGGCACUUUUUCCGAAACGACAAUCCUGCCAACCACGCCUACAGAUUCUGAAUCUCCGUCGUUUUCGAUCGCAAAUGCAGAAACAAUAACCUCAUCAUCUACGAUCUCCGAAGCAACCACUUUGUCGGAAACCUCGAAAUCGUCUGAAGCAACAAUUGGGUCUUCUUCCGAAACUACAAUUCUGCCAACCACGCCUACAGAUUCUGAAUCUCCGUCGUCUUCGAUCGCAAAUGCAGAAACAAUAACCUCAUCAUCUACGAUCUCCGAAGCAACCACUUUAUCUGAAACCUCGAAGUCAUCUGAAGCAACAAUUGGCUCUUCUUCCGGAACAACAAUUCUGCCAACCACGCCUACAGCUACAGAUUCUGAAUCACCGUCGUCUUCAAUCGGAAAUGCAGAAACAACAAACUCAUUAUCUACGAUCUUCGAGGCAACCACUUUAUCUGAAACCUCGUAA